AUGUUCGAGAGAUCUACCGUUGACGCCAAGAGGUAUGUCGCCUGCGUCACCAUUACGCCUGUCAAGAACGCACCGGUUACGUCAGCUGCUGAGGAACUAGAGAAAAAGGACCAAGCCUUUGAGGAAAAAGAUGCGGUUACGGUUUAA